CUCCCGAGGGCCGAGCGCUGAUGGGCGGGCAGCGCUCGGCUCCGCCUAGCGCCCACCGCCCUGCCCUCGCCUGUCUCCUCCUUUCCCCGGGGCUCCGCUGAGUUCAUUCACUGGGAUUGGUUUCAAGUGACGCCAUCUCUUUAUUUUUAAACCAAUGACCUCAUCCGCGCUUGAAGUUUCCUGACUAGCUACUCUUUCUCCCUUCCCAACCCCCCCCGCCCCCCCUCAUGCCGGGUCUCACCGUCUGGGGGGCUCAUCCAUUUUGAAACCAUUUAUUUCCCGCCUCUCGGCUUUCCUCGUGCGGCCCCCCACCUUUACCUCCUCGAGUGCUUCAUCCCUGUCGACAUUUUUUUUUUCUUUUCGGGGGGUGGUGGAAGAGAAAGUGAGGAAAAGUUGCAAACGGCCGGUCCUCGCCGAGCUCCCCUCCCACCCUUCAGAGGAGGACGCCGCGGGGAAGAGGACGCGAGCGCGGAGCGGUGACAACGCCGGGAGCUCAGCCGCCCUCAAGCUGUCAGUCCAGUGUAAAGCUGUUGGAGCAAGGGAGCAAAGGUAGUGGAUGAUGUAAUAGCCCGGCUGUCCCAAAGCAUCUUUUGUUGUGGAAUGGUUAUUCCAGUCAUCUCUCUAUGAAUCACAUGUGAGGGGCUGCUUUGUGGAAGGGGUCCUUUGCAAGAGCACGUCAACGGGAAAGAGAAAGAGACAUUCACUUGGAGGGCUCUUGCUGAAAAUGGGUUUAACUCUGCUUUUGCCAGUCACCACCAGCCUGACCUCAUACAUUUCUAGUACAAUGGAGUGGCUGAGCCUUUGAACACACCACCAUUACAUCAUCGUGGCAAAUUAAAGAAGGAGGUGGGAAAAGAGGACUUAUUGUUGUCAUGGCCCAUGAGAUGAUUGGAACUCAAAUUGUUACUGAGAGGUUGGUGGCUCUGCUGGAAAGUGGAACGGAAAAAGUGCUGCUAAUUGACAGCCGGCCAUUUGUGGAAUACAAUACAUCCCACAUCUUGGAAGCCGUUAAUAUCAACUGCUCCAAGCUCAUGAAGCGAAGGCUGCAACAGGACAAAGUGUUAAUCACAGAGCUUAUCCAGCACUCAGCAAAACAUAAGGUGGACAUUGACUGCAGUCAGAAGGUGGUAGUUUAUGAUCAGAGUUCCCAAGAUGUCGCUUCCCUGUCAUCAGACUGCUUUCUUACUGUGCUUCUGGGUAAACUGGAGAAGAGCUUCAACUCUGUUCACCUGCUUGCAGGUGGGUUUGCUGAGUUCUCUCGUUGUUUCCCCGGCCUCUGUGAAGGAAAAUCCACUCUCAUUCCUACCUGCAUAUCUCAGCCUUGCUUGCCUGUUGCCAACAUUGGGCCAACUCGAAUUCUUCCCAAUCUCUAUCUUGGCUGCCAGCGAGAUGUCCUCAACAAGGAGCUGAUGCAACAGAAUGGGAUUGGCUAUGUGUUAAAUGCCAGUAAUACCUGUCCAAAGCCUGACUUCAUACCUGAGUCUCACUUCCUGCGAGUGCCUGUGAAUGACAGCUUUUGUGAGAAAAUUCUGCCGUGGUUGGACAAGUCAGUGGAUUUCAUCGAAAAAGCCAAAGCCUCCAAUGGCUGUGUGCUGGUGCACUGCUUAGCUGGAAUCUCUCGCUCCGCCACCAUUGCUAUUGCCUACAUCAUGAAGAGGAUGGACAUGUCUCUAGAUGAGGCUUACAGAUUUGUGAAAGAAAAAAGACCUACUAUAUCUCCAAACUUUAAUUUUCUGGGCCAACUCCUGGACUACGAGAAGAAGAUUAAGAACCAGACUGGAACAUCAGGGCCAAAGAGUAAGCUCAAGCUGCUGCACCUGGACAAGCCCAGUGAGCCUGUCCCUGCAGCCUCGGAGGGUAGACGGAAGAGUGCACUGCCUCUCAGUCCACCCUGUGCCAACUCUGCUACCUCAGAGGCAGCGGGGCAAAGGCCUGUGCAUCCUACCAGUGUGCCCAGCUUACAGUCAUCACUCUUAGAAGACAGACCACUGACACAGGCGCUCAACGGGCUCCACCUGUCCUCAGAGAAGCUGGAGGACAGCAAUAAGCUCAAGCGUUCCUUCUCUCUAGAUAUCAAAUCCGUUUCAUAUUCAGCCAGCAUGGCAGCAUCCUUACACGGCUUCUCAUCAGAAGAUGCUUUGGAAUACUACAAACCUUCCACCACGCUGGAUGGGACCAACAAGCUCUGCCAGUUCUCCCCAGUUCAGGAAGUAUCAGAGCAGACUCCAGAGACCAGCCCGGAUAAGGAGGAGGCCCACAUCCCCAAGAAGCCCCAGCCCAGCAGACCCUCAGACAGCCAGAGCAAGCGGCUGCACUCGGUGAGAACAAGCAGCGGGGGGGCUGCCCAAAGGUCCUUCUUCUCCCCACUGCAUCGAAGCGGGAGUGUAGAGGACAAUUACCACACCAACUUCCUUUUCGGCCUUUCCACCAGCCAGCAACACCUCACCAAGUCUGCUGCAGGGCUGGGCCUCAAGGGCUGGCACUCGGAUAUCCUGGCUCCCCAGACCUCUGCCCCAUCCCUGACCAACAGUUGGUAUUUUGCCACAGAGCCCUCGCGCUUCUACUCUGCUUCAGCCAUCUACGGAGGCCAUGCCAGUUACUCUGCCUACAGCUGCAGCCAGCUGCCCACCUGCAGCGACCAAAUCUAUUCUGUGCGCAGGCGGCAGAAGCCCAGUGACAGAGCUGAUUCGCGGCGGAGCUGGCAUGAAGAGAGCCCCUUUGAAAAGCAGUUUAAACGCAGAAGCUGCCAAAUGGAAUUUGGAGAGAGCAUCAUGUCAGAGAACAGGUCGCGGGAAGAGCUGGGGAAGGUGGGCAGUCAGUCUAGCUUUUCAGGCAGCAUGGAAAUCAUUGAGGUCUCCUGAGAAGAGACCUAUGACUUCUAUUGACAGUUUUUUCUUCACACAAAAAAUAUUCCCUGUAAAUCUGAAAUAUAUAUAUAUAUAUAUAUAUGUGUGUGUGUGUGUACAUACAUAUAUAUUUUUUGGACUAUGGAGCUGUGGUGUAAAAGCAAAAGAUGGAUCAACACAGUUGUUCUCUCUUAACACCUACACUGAGAGUUCGGCCAAAAUUUCUCAAAAUAAAAGUGGAAGUGCAGAGGCUGGAAUCCCCCUAACCAGGAGAAACAGUUUUAUUCAUUUAAUUUUACAGCUUCUUGUUCCUACAAAAGCAAGUUUAUUUGAUGUGAGGGGACAAAAAUCCCCUCCCAUUUUCAUGUGCUACAGAGAUCUCCAGAACUCAUCUCUGGCCAGGCCCUUCCCAGGUAUACCUUAGCGCUGAGACUGAGCCAGCUGUGGGUCAGGUGGGGAGACCCUCUUAGGGACAGAACCUAAUGGUAAAUCCAAGAGAAAUGAUCCUGUCCAAAGCGGAUUCACAAAUCCAAGCUUUCCCGACAGCCAAGAUGCAGGCAUCAUUCUGCUGGACAGACCAUUAGGAGCCUUGCCCAGAUCUGCUUAAAACCAAUCCAGUACCUCAGACAGGACAGUUGGGGCCGUCACCACUACCAUGUCUGUUAGCCCUUUCUCUAGGCAUUGUGAAUAAGUAGGUAGUUGUCACUUUCCAGACCAAUUCAUACUGUCAGUGCACAGAAUUCCAAUGGGCCUGGAUGAGCGGCUCCCUCUUCUCAGCUUCACCCAAGAAGGGAGACCAUCUAGGGUUCAGCCUAACUCGAGAUUGGGCAGUCAGGAAGCCUAAUGAUUUAAGAUAAGGGUGGGAGGCUAAACAAGUCUCCUCCUCCUCUAUAAUAAUCAAAGAAUUGUCUAAAAUGGGAUUGUUAAUCCUUUAAAUUGCCCUUGAACUUGGAUUAGGUAAAUGUGAAUCAUUGGGGUUAGCAGAGCAGCAGCAUCUCCAUGAAGAUCUCAGUCUAAGCUGAUGCUUUCCAGUUCUGUUUCAUGACAGAUUAAAAUUAGAGCUGGUAAGUGAAAGUCGCUGAAGAAAAGCAGGAAACUAAUUUCCUUGGUGGUUUUUUUCCUGUUGAGUGUAACAAGGGUAGCAUUUCUAUAAUUUUCUCAGCCUUCCAGAUUUGCUAAGGGCUUUGGAAAGCUAGAAGUAUUCAGAAUAAAACAUUAGAAAGGACAAGAGAAGUUUGUUAAAUUUUGCUAAGUUGUGAAUACAGGAAAGCCGUAGCCAAACCCUUUUCCCAGCAUGCUAAGGAAGGGACAUUUCAAAAUGGAGGAGCACAGCAGUACCUCAGCCCCUGACCUGCAAUCACUGUGUGGAGCUGAGCCUGGCAGCUGAGACGAGGUAAUUAACAGGUGUACAUGAUUGUACAUAUCCACCUUUAAACUGCCUGGCUGGAGUUUUACCCUCUGAACGCAUCCUCCUACGGCCUUCAUUCACGUCAGCAGUGCCUGGGUAGGAGAGGGCAGGUGUCCUCACUGAUCUUCACUGUCACGUAGCCAGCUGCUGACUCACAUCUCAGGUUUUUCUGUUUUUGAAACGGAUAGUCCUUUGACUAGGAUGUGACUUAAUGUUUCCUAUAGUGACUGCUCAAACCAGCAUAGAAUGACAUGAUUCAGAGCUGACUGGCUUGAUCACAAGGAUUCUAGCCUGAUAGACAUACUAGUCUGUACAGAUGAGCCGUGGUCUGGGCGUAGGAUGAAGUCAGAGCGGACACUGCACAAGAAGGUUGCCACGCUGCAAGGUUCUGCUGAGCCAUCUGACUGGUUUUAGAUACGAUUGCAAUCUUUUAUGUAAUCAAAAGUUCUCAAGGAUUCAUAGUCAUUUUUGAUGUGUUGUGCACACACUGUAAUAAUUCACUCCUAAAAUCUGGUCAUACCUGGCAAGGCAUUUUUAAGAAAUGAAGGCAAUGGCCUUGUCAUUCAUUAAGUCUGUUCCAGGAGGGUCAGGGGACAAGGCUUUAGUAUAUUUGAGCAGAACUUCACCUGUGCCAUUUAGGGUUUCUUUGGCUUUGGUCCCCUUUUUAUAACUGACGUAACUACAGUAUGGCUGGCAGUCCUUGAUCACUAAUGCCAAAGUAUCAGUUCUUGGAAUUGAGACUACCAUGUCAAAAGGGCAGCCUCUGAGGCAUGUGGUGGAGUAGGUGGUGUGGUGCUUGGCCCUCAGCCUGUGAGCACAGGGAAGCCUGGAGUCUGCUGGGAUGAUGUAGAACAGUGCUUUUAAAGAGCAAAACCAGAGCCAGGCAUGGUGGCAUACACCUUUAAUCCCAGUACUCAGGAGGGAGAGACAAGCCCAUCUCAGUGAGAUCAAGGCCAACCUGGUCUACAUAGUGAGCUCCGGCCAGCUGGGGCUACAGGGAAACCCUGUCUCACAAAACAAAAUGAGCAAAACUAGACCCUGAGAAAUGCUGGAAAUUGUUUAGAAGAUUUGUAAAGUUAGUGGAAAGACUGUAUAAAUGUUUAAUAUGAAUAUAGUGUUCUUUUGGACUAAGGCAAGCUGUUGAAUGGUUAAUUGUGCAUUUCUCAUUUUGAUGUGUCAUGUAUGUUAAUGAUUAAAUAAAAUCAAAACUGGUA